AUGUUCUUCUCCCGCCUCUUUGCUCUUGCGGUAGCGACGAAUGUCGCCCUCAUCAGCGCCGGUCCCACUCCUAGCAGCGAUACUUGCAACAUCAAUGCAUCCAUCUGGAGUUUAACUGGAUUCAAUGGCCGCCGCAAGGAACUCCCAAUUGAUUCCGAAUGCAACCCUCUAGCUGAUCCGUUCGUUACCUCCGUCGGGUCCGCCAAGUUGCCGCAUGGUGCCCUGUGCCAGUUUUAUUCGGACGCAAACUGUGAGACCAGCACUUCUAUUGUCUCAUCCCGCAGCAUUCCAGAUGCUUUCAAACACAACGGCCGUCAAACCAAGAGCAUCAAAUGCCUUUACAUUAAUGACCAAGCCGAGCCGUCUACUGAGCAGAAGGGAGAAAGUGAGAGUGGCUAG